AUGAAACUCUUCAUCGCCCUCGCUACCCUGGUGGUGCUUGCCGCAGGCCAGGAAACCUACACGCCGGAGAAUGACGACCUGGACAUCGAUGCGCUGGUCAGCAAUCCAGAGUCGCUGAAGGCCUGGUUCAAUUGUUUCGUGGAAAAGGGCCAGUGUGACAAGGUCCAGACCAGCUUUAAAGUUGACCUGCCCGAAGCCAUACAGCAAGCGUGUACUAAAUGCACAGCUGCACAGAAGGUGAUCCUGAAGAAAUUCAUCGCUGGUCUAAAGGAAAAGGCCCCUGCCGACUACGAAGUCUUCAGGCAGAAGUUCGACCCUGAAAACAAAGCAUCUGCGGAUAACCCGUUGCAUCCCAUCGGACCUGACGAUCUGCCCGGCUAA